UGGGACUGAGAAGGAAUUGUUUUUAUUCAAAGAAGAUUUUUAGUUCCUAUUGCAUUCUUGUCGUAAGCGAUGAAUACGAAGUAUUUUCAAAUUGAUUUAAUUAUUACACCUACGCUUUUAUGGCAUCGCCGCUAAUUGUAAGCCUCAUUUGCUUCGGAUAUUUGGUAAAAACGAUUGUUUCACGUGCGAAGAAAAUGAAGUGCAAGAAAUCGCCUAAAAUCGAAAAAUUGAAGACCCCUCGAAGAGGCCACGAGCAGGAAGAAGACAAGAGCGAAGCUCACCACGGGAAUUCGGCAAUGAGAUUCGAAUCAAGUAUUGCUAGAAGCCAUGCCAACAUUAAUCGUCCAUCCAGACGCCAGGAUCGGAACAUUCACCAACACUUUAGGAGACGAAUAAAUCAUUACAACAGAAUGAUGGGUAAAAGAGCAGAAUUGAAUAUUUCAAAAAAUACUUAA